AUGGGUCGAACAAAGUUCUCCGAAGCUGGACCUCGAAGACCGGGAAAGAAUGCGAAGGCUGCAGCAGCCGCUUUUACUGCUAAAAAUGGAUUUGAUGGACUAACAGAAGCCCCAUGGAGGAAGACGCCAUCGAUCUUUAAACAACCAGUCACACUUGUACAUACUACAUCCAAGAAUACUCAAAAAAUGCCAGAAGCUAUCCAGAAAAAAUACGCUUCUUCAGUAAAGGAAAAGACCGGAAAGCCACAACAGGUAAAGUUAAAACUAUUACAUUCAAACUUAAAAAAGAAAAUUACAUCCUGAUAAAUAACCUCCUAAUUUAGAUAUUCUGGUCGAAGAGGCUGGAAGGACUUAAAGCGAUGAUUCCUAUUCACUUCCCGUCUGGUGUAUAUUACUCUCCUGGAGAUGAAGAAUAUAUUGAUCAGCGGCUGAAGCUGGCCAACAAGAUUGAAUGUGCAGUGAGUGCGUUGUCUGAAGAAGGUGCUACAGCGUCAUUUUGUGCAGCACUACAUCUGUCAAACGGCCUUCCGAUCACAGGAAACAAUAAGGUACCAGCUUCCACCAACCUAACUGGCAUCAACCUUAAUCAGCCAUUUGUUACGGUAAGAUUCGCUGUAACUACAUAAUCUUUAUGUUUAGAUACCCGAUAUAUCCGAUCACGACAUUCAGCUACAGGAAAAACGAGUGGUUGAUGCCAGAAAAAGACUCCAAGAACUCCGGAAAAGCUUUUUGGUGUAA